GUUGAAUACCGCGCCACCCUCCACUGGUCUGGCAACGCCGCUUCAAAACAAAAGCGAAAAUGGACUUGUUAAUUUGAUAAAAUAAGUAAAUUCCUUUAUAAUUUGAGUGAACAGCGGUUAAGUGGACUGCCAAACCGUAGGAGGAUGUCCCGGAAUCCGGAGUUGGCCGUCGGAAGCGGAGGAGGAGCCGGCGGAACAGGUGGAUCCGCCGGAGUAGGCGGUGCCCCCGAGCCGAGUUCUCCGGUUCAAAAGGUCUGGAAGCCGGAGUUGUACAAACUGCAGUUGGAAGCUCCAGCUCCGUGCCCGUUGCGCUGCCAGCGCACCUUGCCCCUGCCUCCGGCGAAAAGCACGGCGGAGGCCGUGGAGGCCAACAACUUGGCGGGCAGUCUGUACGGGUCCGAGUACCACGGGCUCAUGGGCCACCUGGAGGCGGAACAGCUGCUGGCCAACGCGCGCGACGGCAGCUACUUCGUGCGGCGGAGCCCCCAGUCUGACGGCUACUACACGCUGAGCCUCCGGUUCAACAAGCGCCCCAAGCACUACAAGCUGCUCCACAAGCCCGGCGUGGGCCACUACCUGCGGGGGCAGGACAAGCGCUUCGACACGGUCCACGACAUGGUCGCCGACGGGCUGAUCAACUUCCACAUGCAGCUCCACGCCAGCCCGAUUAUCCAGCAGAUCAACCAGCAGACCAAGAACUGCUAUCAGCAGAGUCCCUACAUGACCCUGAACGGCCGGAAGCUGCGCGCCCUGUCCAACGAGCUGGGCACGAAGUCGCCACCAGUCGGGGAGAAGGAGGAGCAGCGGCAGAAGCAGCAGCAGCGGCAAGAACAGCAGCAAGAUCGGAAGCAGGAAGAGCCGCCACCGCCUGCCGCGGACCCGGUGCCGCUGGUGUACGAGAAACCGCAUCACUUCAAGGUGCACACCUUCAAGGGCCUCAACUGGUGCGAGUUCUGCGCCAACUUCCUGUGGGGCUUCACCGCGCAGGGCGUGAAGUGCGAGGCCUGCGGCUUCGUGGCGCACAGCAAGUGCUCGGAGCUGGUGCCGCGCCAGUGCGUGCCGGACCUGAAGCGCAUUCGCGGCGUCUUCGGCACGGACCUCACCACGAUGGUGCAGCUGGAGCCGCACCACCCGAUCCCCUUCGUGGUGCGCCGCUGCGUGGAGGAGGUGGAGGCCAGGGGCAUGCUGCAGGAGGGCAUCUACCGGGUGUCCGGCUUCGCCGACGAGAUCGAGGCCCUCAAGCUGGCCCUCGACCGGGACGGCGAGAAGACGGACAUGUCGGAGACGGCCUACGGCAACGUGAACGUGAUCGCCGGCACCCUGAAGCUCUACCUGCGGCUGCUCCCCGUGCCGCUGAUCACCUUCCAGGCGUACCCCAGCUUCAUGGUGGCAGGACGCACCGACAAGCAGGCGGAGCAGCGCCAGCUCAUGGCGGAGGCGGUGCGUCGCCUGCCGCCCGCCCACAACAGCUGUCUGCAGUUCAUGCUCGAGCACCUGAAGCGCGUCGCCUCCCACUACGCCGUGAACAAAAUGAACGAGCACAACUUGGCCACCGUGUUCGCGCCCACGCUGAUUGCCACGCCCCAGCACAUGACGAACCUCACCGAGGAGAUCUUCAUGCUCUCCUCGCUCAUCACCCACUGCAAGACGAUAUUCGGAGCGUCCUGAGGAGCCGCAUAAGCUGCAUCAGCCGGAUCAGCCGCAACCGAGCCCAAUGCCACCCAAAGCCAAAACCUUAAGCACCAACUGGAGUUGGACAUGGAGAUGGAGAUGGAGAAGCACUGCCACGCGAUCAUGCCCUCUCUUUCGAAACGAAUAUGUCUUCGACUUACACUAUUUUAAGCACGCACCACAACUCGUAACUCGAUGAUUCCACCAAAAAUUUAGCCUAAGAUCAAGUGUCGGCCGGUCGAGCCGAGGGUUUAUAUCUCUUUUUAGGACACAAACAUCCAGUAAAACGCAUUGAAUGUACGUACGAAUUUAACGAUUUUUCGAAAUAUUUUAAGGCCAAGUAUUUUGUCACAAUAAAUGUAUUUAUUUUA